GAACAGCGCGAGCUAAGACAGAGCUCUACAAAGGCAGAUAGAGAGGGAGCGAAAGCAACGGCCCUCUUUAGGAGGGGGGGGGCUUAUUAUAACAAAUAUAUACACACAUGUGUGAACAGUUUAUCCGCACGAUAGGUCAUAUGUGGAUAACAAUUAUUUUAGAAAAGCAUUCAACUGCGGCUGCACAUUUAAAAUGCCUAUUUUAGUUUUCCUGUUAGACACGUCCGCCUCUAUGAAUCAGCGCACUUAUUUGGGUACGACGUAUCUGGACGUUGCUAAAGGCGCGGUUGAGGUCUUUAUGAAGCUGCGUGCCCGAGACCCGGCUAGUAGAGGCGACAGGUACAUGCUAGUUACAUUCGAUGAUCCACCAUACGGAGUGAAGGCAGGCUGGAAGGAGAACCAUGCCACCUUCAUGUGCGAGCUGAAGAACCUGCAGGCAUCUGGGCUGACCACGCUGGGCCACGCUCUCCGCACAGCCUUCGACCUGCUCAACCUCAACCGCCUCGUCUCAGGCAUCGACAACUAUGGGCAGGGUCGCAACCCCUUCUUCCUCGAGCCAUCUGUGAUCAUCACUAUCACUGAUGGGAACAAGCUCACACACAGCUCUGGGGUGCCAGAUGAGCUGCACCUGCCCCUAAACUCUCCACUGGCAGGCAGUGAGUUGACCAAAGAGCCUUUUCGCUGGGACCAGCGUCUGUUUGCGUUGGUGCUGAGGCUUCCAGGAGCGGCCACGCCAGACACAGAGCAGCUGGGGAGCGUCCCCACAGAUGAGUCUGCUAUCACCCAGAUGUGUGAAGUCACUGGAGGGCGGUCGUAUUGUGUGCGAACACAGAGGAUGUUAAACCAGUGUCUGGAGUCUCUGGUCCAAAAAGUUCAAAGUGGAGUCGUCCUUAAUUUUGAGAAGACAGGGCCGGAUCCACCUCUUGUUGGGGACGAGAACUCGGUGGAGUCGACUCGUCCCAUAUCUUCCUUCAGCCCUCAUGCGUGGCACAGUUGCCACAAACUCAUCUAUGUGCGACCGAACCCAAAGACAGGAGUUCCAGUCGGGCAUUGGCCUAUACCAGAGUCCUUCUGGCCGGACCAGAAUUCUCCUACCCUGCCUCCACGCUCUGCACAUCCCGUGGUGCGUUUCUCUUGCGUAGACUGUGAGCCCAUGGUGAUUGAAAAGCUUCCCUUUGACAAGUAUGAACUGGAGCCAUCCCCACUCACCCAGUUUGUUUUGGAGAGGAAGUCCCCACACAUGUGCUGGCAGGUAUGGCAGAUAUUCACACACCCAUCUUCUGUGUUUCUGCUGUCACUGGCACCAGAAAUAUUGAAGCUGUUGGCUUUAUUUGAGAACACUUUUGUUUAUAAAUUAGUAAUGAGACUCAUUUAUGAUUAUGAAGCAAAGAAAUCUCUGCAAUUGUUUUCUAAAAAAAAAGAACGUCUCUGUGUGUUUUUUUUAUAUACACAGGUGUUUGUGAGCAGCAGCGCAAAGCAAAAUGACCUCGGGCAACCAUUUGGCUACCUUAAAGCCAGCACCACUCUCACCUGUGUCAACCUGUUUGUCAUGCCUUACAACUACCCAGUACUUCUCCCACUCCUUGAUGACUUGUUCAAAGUGCACAAGUUCAAACCAAACCUCAAGUGGCGACAGUCUUUUGAGAUGUACCUGAAGACAAUGCCUCCGUACUACCUCUUGCCCUUAAAAAAAGCAAUGAGGAUGAUGGGGGCACCUAAUCUUAUUGCAGACACCAUGGACUGUGGCCUGAGUUACAGUGUUAUCUCUUAUCUGAAGAAGCUCAGCCAGCAGGCUAAGAUGGAAUCUGAUCGUCUGAUCGUAUCUGUGGGGAAGAAAGCUCCCCAAGAAACUGGCAUAAAGGUGAGGAACCACUCCAGUUCCCUCUCUCUGGCCCACCGCCGGGAUUUCAAGCAGUUGUUGCAAGGAAUCAGUGGGGAGGGGCCCCUUCGCCUGGUGGACAUGAACUUCAAAGAGUUUGCUGGCUUCCAGAUCGCAUUGCUCAAUAAGGAUCUGAAACCGCAGGCCUACCGCAAUGCCUACGACAUCCCACGAUGGAACCUUCUGGAUCAACUCACCCGGAUGCGCUCUAAUUUGCUACGGACGUCACAGAAACUCAUCAGAGGGCAAGACGAAGACUAUCUGCACAGUAUCCCCGUGGCUCAGAUGGGAAACUAUCAGGAGUACUUAAAAAUGAUGCCGUCUCCGCUGAGAGAGAUCGACCCUGACCAACCUAAACGCCUUCAUACGUUUGGGAAUCCUUUCAAGCAGGACAAGAAGGGGAUGAUGAUCGAUGAGGCAGACGAGUUUGUUGCAGGUCCUCAAAAUAAGAAAAGAGGAAAUUCUGGCGACUCCAACUCAGGUGUUACUAUGAAGAGAAGGCGAAGUAUGUCCCCCUUACUACGGCGACCACAGACUCCUCCAGCAAGCACAAACAACAUGGCGGUGGGGAAGAGUCCACUAGCAGUUUCAGGGAAUCAGAACCUCCUCAAACCCAUCCCGCAGCACAAAGAAAUGGACGGCAACAACGUGGAGGGCGUGGAGGGCAUGGAGGGUGUGGAGGGUGUGGAGGGUGUGGAGGGUGUGGAGGGUGUGGAGGGUGUAGAGACUAAUGGUGACGGGGCCCUUGGUUCUGAGUCAGGGGAGAUGUGGCCCUCUGAGAUGGACUCUCUAACAGAAAACCCACCUUCACUGAGCCCAGAGGAGAAAGAAGAGUUGUGUGCAGCAGAUGAGGAAGCGGACAGCAACAUGAUCGAAGAGAGACUGAUGGGCGACCGACUAGAUGAGCAGCUGCUGGAGGAGAAACCUGACUAUGACAGACUGAGUCCACAGAGUCAGUUAGAGGACCCUGAAGCUGAAGCCGACCCUGCAAUGCUGGAGACCAUAUACAUAGCUCCACUAGAUGGCUGCCAGGCAGAACUAAGGACCCGGGUCAUCAAGGAAGUCCGCAAACCUGGACGAAACUAUGACGCAAUACUUGGAUUACUGCAGCAAGUGAAAGGACCGGUUAACGUCCAGAAGUACUUCAUCCAACAUGCUAUCAGAGAGGCUGUCAGGUUCAAGAAGCGGGUACUGAUCCAGCAGCUGGAGAGGGCCCUCACCCAGGUGGAGGACAAGGAGACAGCACCCUCACAGCUUCUCAAUGACCAUGGCAGUUAGUAAUGAAGCCAUCUUUGUUUUGUAUCUAUGAAAAUUAAUGAAGCUCCUCUUCUCUGAUAUGUUUUUUGUUGAACGUUGGAUUCACCACCAUAAAAACAGAUGUUCUUUUUAACUGGCCGCAAAGAAAAACAAGGGUACUGAAAUGCACUGAUAGCAGAAGCUCCCACUGUCUGUGCGCUGUGACAUCACAUCCUGUUUGAGGCAGAGGGGAAUGGGUUUAACUGGAGGAGGGCCUUAAGGUCACAUCCACUGAGGAUUAUUCAAAGACUAUAAACAUAAUCCUCAUUAUUCUGGCAGAUACCUUAAACAUACAUAAGGCUUUUGUCUAUAUCAGCACACUGUUCAGCAAACACACAGAUAAACACACUCCAGAUGGAUACAAAGAAGCUGUGAGAGCCUCAUAUGAGACAGCUAGUGAUGGAUGGGUCAUUCCUGUUAUUGUUAUUCUUUCAUAACAGACCUUUCUUCAGCUGGUCUGGAUAAAGGAUUGUUAUUCUGACAAAUGUUAAAACAUUUAGGGUGGCGGAAAUAGAAAGAAUCUGAGCUCAUUCAUGCACCAUAAUAUCUCCAUGGGAAUAUUCCUGGUAAAAUAAAGGUUGAGUAAACACCUACCAUCAACUAAUCAGCCAGUAAAAGUUGUAAUAUGUGGUUGGAAAAGUCCUCUUUUGGCUAAUCCAGUCAACAAAAUACCAGACAAAUGAAGAAACUCAGUCCCAGUGUCAUAUUUGAUUGUGGGAGGAUGGAUACCAGGGAAUUGGUAGAUGCAUUCCUAUAGCCUCAUGCUUUACACUUUAGUAUUACUGAACCCUAUUCCAGCUUUCUCAGACCAAAAAAGGGUCACCUUUACGACUGUCAUUUUGUUUGUGAUCUGAAACAUAAUAUUCCUUCCUCAAGCUGCAGUUAAUAGACAAGAAUAGGUACUGGGUUCCUGAGUGAGCAUCAGCAUCCUCCUGCCUGCCACAACAGCAUCACAGCAAGAGUUCAGUGACUGCAGCUGUUUGUAUCUACGUAAACUUAACUUCUAAGAUACACUAACACACGCGCGCAAACACAGUCCUGUGAAAUCCCCCUCCAGGGCUCCACAAACACUCCAUUGUUUUCCAGAAAUAUGACUUUAUUGAGAGGAAUUUCUGCAUCAGUCCAGGCUCAGUUGACAGUCACCUGCUGCGAAUCUGCCCUCUACUGCUUUCUACAUAAACCCCGGUUUAUGUGAAAAGCAUCUGUGUUGAUCUUGUUUUUAUGACAGAUGUACACUACUUUUUAAUGUUCAUAAGGAAUAUAGAUUAUUUUUGUGAUAUUGUUUAUUUCAGAGUAUAAGACAUAUUUUGGAUGAAAUGUUUAAAGCCAAUUUUGUAAACUGUUAAAUACAUAUAUAAAAUAACCUCUUUUCACAAAACAGAAAAUAAACCUCAGGUAGAACGGG